UAAUUUUUGAAUAAUGGAAUAAAACGCGCAUUACUUCAUAUCGCUUUUUGCCAGUAAGGUAAUAGUCAUUGUUGGCAGUACCUAAAAUUAACGACCUAAACAUGACAAAAAUGGUUAUAAUUUGUUGCUUUAUUUGUGUAUUAAAUUCAUCCUUUGGAGCUCCAAUCGAAAACGAGCCUGACUUAUACGAAUUAAAUAAAUCGCAUAGCACGCACCAUUCCAAGAGCAAGAGCGAGGGCGGCAGAUUGAAAUUAAUCAGACCAAUUAUAGCCUUAAUAAUUGAUAUUAUUAAAAUUUUGCUGGAGCCCUUAAAACUAGGGGCAAACACCGCAGGGGCUGGUGUUUCCUUGGCAAAACGGUUCUUACCGGAACCCAAGGGCCUGGACACCAAUCACACCUUUUUUAAAGGGCUUUUAGAGGAUUUUAAAACGACCGUUAAUGGGAUCGCUCCCGGUACCAAAUGGUGCGGCGCUGGCAAUAUCGCUAAAGAUAACGAAGACUUUGGAAUAGAUGUCGAGAGUGACAAGUGUUGUAAAAACCACGAUCUAUGUCCUAUGAAUAUUGCCGCCGGUGAACAGAAAUACGGAUUAAAAAACACCGGAUUAUUCACUCGAUCGGAGUGUUCUUGCGACAAAGAAUUUUACAACUGCUUGAAGAAGGUGGAUUCGGUAACUACCCGCGCUAUUGGAGUUACCUACUUUAACACCCUUGGACCGCAAUGUUUUGAACUGGUCGAUUGCAGUGACCCAAAGAUAAGAUGCAGAGGUUGGAAAAUGAGAGGAACCCAGUAUCAGUGGUCAGACAAUACGAUAUUUUGAAAAACAUUGUUUUGUUAAACCCUAUUUUGCAUCAUUUGUAUUUUUAGAUUAACCAAAUAUAAUGCAGAUUAUAACAAUAAACUGUUAAUGAAUAUUUAAA